AUGGCGUCCACACCGAGCGUUCUGUACAACUUCCGCCUGUUGGCGGCGCUCAGGUCCGACGAUCCCGCGCAGGUCCAGCCAUUCUUGGACGAAGCUGCGAGCGCCGGUCCAGCUCAGACAGGUGCCCUACUAGGCAUGGCUGUCAGAGUAGGAACUCUACCCAUCAUCCAGUCCAUUCUUGCGUUGCCCAACAUCAAUAUCAACGCGCCUAUCUCCGAGGGGACCAAGAUCACGGCGCUCCAUACAGCUGCAGACAGCGGGCGGACCGAUGCAGUCCUGCUUCUGCUUGCUCAGCCCAAGAUCAACGACACAAUUCGAGAUGAGCACGGACGGACCGUCCUGGAGGCUGCGGGUACGCCCGAGGUCGCCACACUCGUAGAAGAAUCUCGGACCAGACUCCAAGGCCUCUAUCUUCACCGUUUGGCCGCAUACAUUGCCAGUCCGCUCAGCAACCCCGAUGAAAGCAACACCAUGUCCACAUUCCUUGACAAUCCGCGCGCCGAGAUCCUUAACCUCAAUACCUUGGACGAGAAGAGCGGAACCAGUCUACUGCACGAAGCUGCUCGUCGUCGUGAUAUCCGCCUUGUCGAGCAAGCCGUCAAGAAGGGUGCGGACGUGUUUCUGCGGGACAAGAAGGGUAAACGGGUCUUGGAAGGCGAGAAAUCACCCGAUGAUCGUAUCAAGGCAUUCUUGCGGCAGUUCUCAAACCAGGAGGGCGUUGUGCAAUCGAGGAGCGACGGUACGCCGCCAGAUCUCAAGGGGUACCUUAGCAAGUGGACCAACUACAAGAGUGGCUGGCGGACUAGGUGGUUUGUCCUUGAGAAUGGGGUCCUAAGCUAUUACCGUCAAAGAGAGGACGAGCCUGUCGCCUGCCGUGGAUCCAUCGCUAUGGCCGUUGCUGUCGUCACCCCUUCAUCCGACAACUCUCGAUUCGAGCUCCACUCCAAGGCCUCCUCAUCCGUACCCAAGAUCAUGGUCAAAUCCGCACAUCGCGGUGAGAUCGCUCGCUGGGUCCAGGUUAUCCGGCUCAAUAUCGAAUACUAUGCCAAGACCGGCAGGCAGCCCUCCAUGUCCCGAGCUCUCCCCCGCAGCGGAACCGCGGAGGGCAUCAGCGGCACCCUCGGCGCCCUACCUCCUACCGACAACUUCCUCAAUCCCGGUCUCAUCCGCUCCACGACGGGUCUCAGCGGGGCGAGUAUCGCUCAACUCCCUGCCAGCCGGGGCUCGCCCACCAAAGCUACCGCUGACGCGGACAAUAUCUCCAUACUGGAAGCGGCGGAUGACCGGAGUAUCCUCACGGUCGACGACAAGGCGACCGGUAUCCCCCACGAGACCACCUUCGACAUGGGUGUUAUCAACAUCAAGGCGCAGCUCGAGUUGACCCAGCAGCUCGUCGACUCGCUCUACCUCGGACCGGGCUCGCCCGAGCGGGGCGUCGCUAUGCAGCGCACGCCUUCCCGCCAACAGGCAAUCAAGGAGGCACUCAGAUCUUCCCUCUCCACUCUCGCCACCCUGGUCAGCCAGCUGCAGGUCAUGACGCAGGAUCGGGAACGGUACCUGCUCGGCCGGAUCGACCGGGAGAUCGAGGCGCGAAAGCUAUGGGAGGAGAACAUGUUGACGGUGGCAAAGCAGCAGGAGGAGAUGGAUCGGCAGUUGACCGAGGCGUCGAGGCAGAAUGAGCGCAAGAAGCGGGCGCUCAAGCAGGCCAGGGGCGUGCUGGGUGAAAUAUCAGCUGGGAGCCUGCCACCAACUCCUGGUCUUGACGAAUCGUAUUCCGCUCCGGCCAAGCCCCUACCGGUUCCUCCUACCGCUUCGACCGCGGCCAGCUUCGUCACCGCCGACUCGUACAAUACCGCUCGGACGCGAGGGGCCAGUCUGUCCAUCAGUAAUCUGGAGGAGGUCAAGGCUGCUCUGGCCGAGGCGGACUCAGAUGACGAGGACGAGGACGAGUUCUUUGACGCGAUCGAGACGGGCAUCAUUCCGAAUAUGAAGCAGUACGAGUCGAUCGCCAAUCCCGACGGAGCUAGGCCCGGGACGCCAUCUGCGGUCGGCAACGUCGAGAAGAAGCUGGAGCUGCCGCAGCAAAAGGCAGCGGCGACUUCAUUGCAGUCGGCAGGUACCAUCAAGGAGUACCUCGGGCGGGAGAGUUUGCAGCCGUACAACGGUGUCCGGAACAAGCUGCCUAUCGAUGACGAUAAGCGUCCUUCCGUCAGCUUGUGGGGUAUCCUCAAGAGCUCGGUUGGCAAAGAUCUCACCAAGAUCUCCUUCCCCGUCAGCUUCAACGAGUGUACCUCGAUGCUUCAGCGAAUGGCCGAGGACAUGGAGUACGAUGCCUGCUUGACGGUUGCUGCGUCCGAAGAGGACUCUCUCCGCCGUAUCGCCUUUGUCGGAGCAUUCGCCAUGUCCAACUACAGCUCAACGAUUGGGCGGAUCGCCAAGCCCUUCAACCCCCUCUUGAGCCAGAGCUUCGAAUACGCCAUUCCGAACAGGUAUCGCUACAUCUCGGAGCAGGUCUCGCAUCAUCCCCCUAUCUCUGCUUGCUACUCCGAAGCUCCGACAUGGAAGUACUAUGGCGAGGUCGACGCCCAGAACAAGUUCCAGGGACGGAGCUUCGAGAUCAAGCCUACGGGUGUGGCACAUGCCGAUCUCAUCAUUCCCCGGAAAUGGGUCAAGGCGGGUCUUGAGUAUCCGGAUGCUGGGCCGGAGUAUGAGGAGGGAUAUGUCGUGGAGCAUUACUCGUGGAAGAAGGUGGUGACGAACGUGUCGAACUUCAUCAUGGGCAACCCUAUCAUCGACCACUAUGGAGAUCUUGUCGUCACCAAUCACCGUACCGGCGAGACAUGUACCCUCACUUUCAAGCCACGCACAUGGCGCGGCAAAGACGCUUUCGAGAUCAAGGGACAAGUUCAGGAUUCUGCCGGCAAGACAGCUUGGGAUAUUGCAGGACGUUGGGAUACACAAUUGAUCGCUCGGGCUGCUAGUGCCCGGUCCGCUCCUCUUGACGUUGAUACACACUUUGAGCCGGCUCAGAAGGAGUACCUCUUGCUUUGGCGGAAUAGCGAGAAGCCUGUUGCGCCGUUCAACCUCACUCCAUUCGCUGUCACCCUUAAUGAUAUCCCCUUCGGUCUUGAGCCCUAUCUCGCACCCACCGACUGCCGUCUCCGGACCGACCAACGCGCCUUCGAGAACGCCAACUAUGAGCGCGCACAGGAACUCAAGACGGCCAACGAAGAACGACAGCGCUCUACCCGGGCCGCACGUGCGCAAGGGAAGUUGCCGCCGCAUGAGCCGAGGUGGUUUAGCAGUUCGGUGGAUCCGGAUUCGGGGGAGCGGAUGUGGGAGCCGAGGAGGGCUCAGAAUGGGGAGGUGUUGUUUUGGAGUGAGCGGGAGAGGGCGCCGGAGAGCUGGGAGGGGGUCGAUCAUAUCUUCGUGGAGGACUAG